AUGGAUCCCAACACCAAGCUCAUCCUCGACGAGCUCAAGUCCGUUCAGAUGAACCUCACCAACCGCAUCGUCGCGGAGGAGACCUCCAUUGGUGCGCGUGUUGGUUCUCUGGAGGACGCCACCAAGGUGUUCGACGCAUGGAAGCCGAAGAUGGACGCGACCAUGGAGGAGCUGCGCUCUGAGGUGGGCGCGAUCCGGAAGACGGACGAGAAGGGUGGUUCGGGUGAGGUGGAAGGUUCCCAUGAUCACCGCUGCUAUGAGGAUGAGGGUGGGGGAAAUCAUCAUCUGCCUAAAAUCAAUUUCCCUCCCUUUGAUGGUUCUAAUCCUAAGCUGUGGCUCGGGCGAUGCUUAGAUUACUUUGAGAUGUAUUUUGUGCCCCACCGUCGUUGGAUCAAGGCUUCCACCAUGCAUCUGUCAGGGACCGCCGCUUGCUGGCUGCAGUCCGUUGAGGAUCAGGUCCGCGUGGGUAGUUGGGAGCAAUUUUGCCAGCUAGUUAUGAACUGCUUUGGCAAGGAUCAGCACGAGCUUCUUAUUCGCCAUUUGUUUCAUAUCCACCAAUCAGGGUCUGUUCAGGAGUAUAUUGACAAGUUCAUAGGCUUGGUAGAUCAGCUAGUAGCUUAUGGGCGUAACACUGAUCCAAUUUACUAUGGCAUGCGUUUUGUUGAUGGCUUGCGUGCCGACAUUCGUGCUGCUAUGCAUAUACAGCAUCCCAACAAUCUGGAUACUGCCUAUGUACUUGCUCUGUUGCAGGAGGAAUUGGUGGAUCUGACUCGUAAGAAGGAACUACGACGACCUAAGCCAUUCACCUUCGCCAGGGCUCCGGUGCGUGGACCGAUGCCGCUACCGCACCCUCAACCACGGCAGGAGCGGCCGGACAGGCCUAUGAACCCGAACUCGGGGCCUGAACGGCGUGGGCACGGCGUGGACGACAAGCUCUCCACCCUGCGUGACUACCGGCGCGUGCAUGGGCUCUGCGUCCGGUGUGGUGAGAAAUGGUCACGUGACCAUAGAUGUCCUAAAGCUAUACAACUGCACGCUUUGUAG